AUACAUGGACCCAAAAGCUUGCAUACAGUUCAGAGUUUUGACUUUCCAAAGUAAACCAUUAGAAGUUCAGAUGAAAAAUGUCAAUGUUUUAGCUCUCAUGGUUAAAGGGACUGGAUGAAUGAAACACUUUUAACGGAAAUGCAAAUUAUUGGGAAAACACUCUCAAAAAGGAAGUAGGAUGGGCAGAAGUUUCAACAGAGUUCCCGGUGUCAAGUUCCUUCAGGUACCGGUACCUAAAUAGAGGAAUAUAAUGAUAAAGUCUUCAUUUAUUUCCAUGUUUAAUUCAAGGCCACCUGAAAAUUCUAAUUUUAUUUCCUGUUGGAGGGUAGUUUGUUUACAACAAAACAAAAAUUAUCUUAAUAGGUUUUAGUUAUAUAUGUUUAAAAUACAGAACAUAUAGAAUGUUCUGGAAAACAGAAUAUUGUCCAGAUACGCCAAGGUUGUGGGUUCAAUCUCUAGUCAGGGCACAUACAAGAAUCAGCCAAUGAAUGCAUAGAUUAGAUAAGUGAAACAGUAAAUCCGUGUUUCUCCAUGUCCCUUCCUCUCUGUAAAAAUAAAUACGGAACUCCAGUUAACUAGAACUGAUUUUCAACUGGUGUGCUGCAAGAAUUUUUUAAAUGUGCAAUACCUGACUUGUCAGGGGCACUGACCUCUUUGCCUUAGAUUGUCAAAAUGACAAGAGCCAACACAACAGCCAUCUGGUGUGAAUGAAAAAAUACCUAUUUUGUCAGAUUAGCAAAAAGUUUUUGGUGUGCCACAGAAUUUUAGUAAUUAUGUGUACCAUGAGACAAAAAAGGUUGAAAAUUGCUUAACUAGAACAUCUGAUCUUUGAGACUUGAUCCACUGUUUUCAAAAGCCCAAGUCAUAGCUCUUCUUUGGGGAAAUUUGCUUUUUCUGUUCUUGAGCAGUAAACUCUCAAGUCCUGCUUUGGGGGAGGACUUGGUGGGUACCAUUUCCUGUUAACCCUGACAUUUGGCCGAAUUAGUUUAUCACAAGCUGCAGACAACCCUGAGUACUUUCCUUAUCACAUCCUCUAUCUUUUUCUUUCUGAAAUACGUUUUGAUUGAUUUUAGAGAGAAACAUCUAUGAGAACCAUCAAUGGGCUGCCUCCUGCAUGCCGUCCUCCUUUCUGACUUGUGUAAAUAGUGAUUUUAGCACAUUUGCUUGGCGAGUGAUGCUCUACCCCAGGGCCUUCGGCGGCGAGUGGCAGGAACUGAGGCCCGGCGGCCGGAGGGGGCGGGGCUGCCUACGUCACGGCGCCGUCCGCGCCGCUGGCGCCAUCUUCCCGGCGGCGGGAGGGGUCACGGGUCAGUGCCGGAGCGUCGCUGCGAGUGCAGGACCGCAGGACCGAGGGCGCUCACCUACCGCGGUCCUCGCCACCGAAAGGUGCCUUUUCGCGGCGGCCGGGGUCUCCGCGAGGACGAUGGAGCCCGGAGCGCGCCCCGCCGGGAGCUGCGGUGGCGCCGCCGGGCUCUCCCGGGAGUACAAGCUCGUGAUGCUGGGCGCCGGCGGCGUGGGGAAGAGCGCCAUGACCAUGCAGUUCAUCAGCCACCGGUUCCCGGAAGAUCAUGACCCCACCAUCGAAGAUGCUUAUAAAAUCCGGAUCCGUAUUGAUGAUGAGCCUGCCAAUCUGGAUAUUUUGGAUACGGCUGGACAGAGUUUACAGCCAUGCGAGAUCAGUAUAUGAGGGCAGGAGAAGGGUUUAUCAUCUGUUACUCUAUCACCGAUCGUCGAAGUUUUCACGAAGUUCGGGAGUUUAAACAGCUUAUUUAUCGAGUUCGACGUACUGAUGAUACACCUGUGGUUCUUGUAGGAAACAAGUCUGAUCUAAAGCAGCUAAGACAG